AUGAACUCGCUCCUCGCCUUCGCUGUGCUGGCUGCAUGGGCCUCGUCCCCAGCUCAUGGGAGCCUCUGGGAUCUGCAAAAGAUGAUCACGAAGGCAACGGGGAAAAACGCUUUGCUGCAUUACUCCUUCUACAGCUGCUACUGCGGCUUUGGGGGCAGAGGGCAGCCCAAGGAUGCCACAGACAGAGUGCAGCGCUACCGCUACGACUGGUCCAGCAGCAGCCCCUCCUGCAGAAAGGGCUUGUGGUGCUCCCAGCUCUCCUGCGAGUGCGACCGCAGCCUGGCGCUUUGCCUGAAGAGAAACGUCGGGAGCUACAGGCGGCGCCACCAGUUCUACCCCAAGCACCUGUGCCGGUGA